AUGCUCGUGGACAGUACGGCCGAAGCGGUGCAGCAGCGUUUCCUGCAGUUUCUAUGUGGCUACGGGCAGUCGCCAUGCGAUGCGUCGACCGACGAGGUGGACGAGUGCGCGUCCGUGCAGCUCAAGUACCGCCAACAGGCCCAAGUGAUGCGCAGUACAGAGACGUCGUCGCUCUUUGUGGACUUUUCGCACGUGCUCGAGGUGGACGCCGACUUGGCCCAUGCGCUGCAGGCCCAUUACUACCGCUGGGAGCCGUACUUGCGCCGCAGUGUGUUUGAGUUCAUUCGCCUGGAAGAUGCAGCGUACACAGUGAACGACGACGCACGGAAGUCGCAGCGGGAGUUUUUUGUCAACUUUUACAAUUUCCAACACGUCUCACAUAUUCGGGACCUACGGACGAAAUGCAUUGGAGAGCUACUGUCGUUCUCAGGAACAGUGACGAGGACGACUGAAGUGCGACCCGAGUUGUUGUUUGGAGCUUUCACGUGUGCAGAUUGUGGCGGCGACACGACUGGUGUGGAACAGCAGUUUCGAUACAGUGAACCGGUCAAGUGCCAGAACCCGUACUGUGUGAACACGUUUUCGUGGGAACUGAAUACGGAAAAGUCCGUGUUUGUCGACUGGCAACGUGUCAAAGUGCAGGAGAACAGUGAUGAGAUUCCAGCGGGCAGUAUGCCAAGAUCGAUUGAUGUUAUCUUGAGGCACGAAAAUGUCGAGCAAGCUAAGGCUGGAGACCGCGUUGUGUUCACGGGAACACUAAUUGUAGUCCCGGACGUGUCCAAGUUUGCUCGGGCAGGCGGAGAGACGGCAGUGGCGACUCGCAAUAAUGGCCAGCAGUCGCGCCGCGGUGGAGAGAAUAGCACACAGGGAAUGGAAGGCGAAGGUGUUCGUGGCCUCAAGGCUCUUGGUGUGAGAGAGCUUACUUACAAGACGUGUUUUCUCGCGUGUAGUGUGCAGACGAUGGAGCAGCGCUUCAAUAGUAUCUCCAUUCGCAGCGAGUUCAACGAAGAUGGCGCAGAAGGAGAUCAUGCUGGCGAGGCGGCACUGCAAGAGUUCAGCGACGAAGAACUGGCUUCUAUUCGUGCAAUGCAGCAAGACCCGGACCGGUAUAUGAAGAUGGCAAAGUCCAUCUGUCCGUCUGUGUAUGGCCACGAUGAGAUACGUAGAGGUAUCUUGCUCAUGCUUUUUGGCGGCGUGCACAAGAAAACGAUGGAAGGGAUCAAGUUGCGUGGCGACAUCAAUAUCUGUAUCGUUGGAGACCCGUCCACAGCGAAGUCGCAGUUUCUCAAGUAUAUCGUUGGGUUCUUACCCCGUGCGAUCUACGCGUCAGGGAAAGUAAGUUCAGCUGCAGGUCUCACGGCUUCCGUCACGCGAGAUGCAGAUAGUGGAGACUACUGCGUCGAAGCAGGUGCAUUAAUGCUGGCGGAUAACGGGAUCUGCUGCAUCGACGAGUUUGACAAAAUGGAUCCGAUGGACCAAGUCGCUAUUCACGAAGCUAUGGAGCAGCAGACUAUUUCCAUCACAAAAGCUGGCAUUCAAGCCACGCUGAAUGCACGGACAAGUAUCUUGGCAGCUGCGAACCCGUACAAUGGUCGAUACGACAAGACCAAAACGCUGAAAUACAACGUGAAUAUCUCGGCGCCCAUCAUGUCGCGUUUCGACCUGUUUUUCGUCAUUGUAGACGACGGCGACGAAGUUACCGACCAGAAAAUUGCAGAGCAUAUCGUCAAUAUCCACAUGCCUAGUCACUUGCAAGUAGAGGCAACGGAACACGGUGCGUACACGGAAGAAGACCUCAAGCGCUACAUCAAAUUUGCGCGAACGCUGAAUCCAGUGAUCACGCCUGAGGCCAAGAGAAUGAUGGUGGCGUGCUACCGAAGUUUGCGCGAGAACGAUGUCGUGAGUAAUGGGCAAACGAAUAUUGCGUACCGCAUCACCGUACGUCAGCUGGAAUCGAUGAUCCGGUUGUCCGAGGCUUUGGCAAGACUCGACCUCAGCGAUACAGUGCUGGUUACACACGUGCAAGAAGCUUACCGGUUGUUGAACAAGUCGAUCAUUCAUGUGGACACUCAAAACGUCGAGCUGGAGAUGCCUGUUCCUGUACCAGCUGAAAGUGAAGACGACAGGGAUGAUCACAAAGGAGCUGGCGGCAGCAGUGACGGUGGACCUGGGGACGACGAUGAUGGGACGAAUGACGGCAGCAACGGAGGUGACCAGAAGGGUACUACGCAGGGUGCUGCUAACGGUGAGUCUACCGCUGCAAAGGGUUCGUCAACCGUCGAGGACGACACGCCAUUGAAGCCGCUGCAAAGUUCCGUCGGGGCGUCUUCGCUUUCGUUUGAGCGCUUUGCCAGGAUUCAAAAGGCCAUCGGUCGGUUUAUUCGGGAAAAAGAAGGAGAGGGGUCGAGUGGUAAGCUUGCGCGCGACGCGAUCCGUGCACAAACUGCAGCAAGUGUCGGAAGUGUGCAGCCGGAGGACGAAGACGAGUACUACGAAGAGGAUGCAUCUGGUGUGUUGCAGGGCGAACUCGUGACGUGGUACCUGUCAUCUCAAGACAUUACAUCGGAGGCGCAGCUCUCGCGCGAGAAGCAGAUGAUCUGCUCUGUGAUCGACAGAUUGCUGCAGGACAAAUUUUUGUCGGUCGUGGACAUGGAGGAAGACGGCGACGACGACGAAAUGGAUGACGACGAAACUGUGCUGUCCAGCCGAGACGAAGACAGUCUUGGUCAUGAGCAGACUGCGACGAAGCGAAAGCGCACGAAGAAGCUGUCACCUGAAGAGGAGGAUGCCAAGAAGCAGCAACGGUAUUUAACAGUGCACCCCAACUACGCCUUUGAGUAG